AUGAUGCGAAUACCACCGUUGGUAGUAUGCGGGCCCUCUGGCGUGGGGAAGGGGACACUGAUAAAGAGGCUGUUGGGCGAAUUUCCUAGUCUCUUCCGUUUCUCCAUUAGCUGCACUACUAGGAAGAAAAGGGAAAAGGAAAUGGACGGGGUGGACUACUACUUUGUAGAUAAGGAAGAUUUCGAGCAGAAGAUAAAGGAAGAACAGUUCCUUGAAUAUGAUAACUACGCGAAUAACUUUUAUGGUACCCUAAAAAGCGAGUACGAUAUUGCCGCUGGGGAAAACAAAAUCUGCCUUCUCGAAAUGAACAUCAACGGGGUUAAGCAAUUAAAAGAAUCCAAACACAUAGAGGAUGGCAUUUAUAUUUUUGUAAAACCACCAAGUAUUGAAAUUCUUUUGAAGAGACUGAAGAAUAGGAAUACGGAGAAUCCUGAAGAAAUUAAAAAGCGCAUGCAGGAGUUGACACGCGAGAUGGACGAAGCCGACAAGGUGGGCUUUAACUAUAUCAUCGUUAAUGAUGAUUUGGCGCGCACGUAUGGGGAGCUGAGGAAGUAUUUACUGGGCUCUUACCCGCAGUUAGGGGGGGCCUAA